GCCCCAGUCCUGUACUCCUGUCCCAACAACCCGCCACGGGAGCGAGGGCCCACAGCGACCGGCGCCGUCGACGCCCGGCGCUCCCUCCACCCGAUCCAGGCGACCGGCGGCGCGUCAUCGUUAGUCAAACCGAGGCCCCCCACGGGCCACCCGGCGGUGCGGCGCCAGCGCCGCGGGGCAGCGGGCUCGCGACCGCCCGCUGGCCAUCCGGCAUCCUCGCCGCCUCACCUCAGCUAGCCCCAGCUAAAGGUGCAAAAUGGCUCAGCCUUCUGUCAUUCUAGCGACUGCAAGCUAUGAUCACACAAUCAGAUUUUGGGAAGCCAAGAGUGGUCGUUGUUACCGCACUAUUCAGUAUCCAGACUCUCAAGUUAAUCGCCUUGAGAUAACCCCGGACAAGCGAUUUUUGGCUGCUGCUGGCAAUCCCCAUAUCCGUCUUUUUGAUGUUAACUCAAAUAGCCCUCAGCCAGUAAUCAGCUAUGAUUCACAUACUAGUAAUGUGAUGGCUGUGGGGUUCCAUUGUGAUGGUAACUGGAUGUACUCAGGUUCUGAGGAUGGUACUGUGAGAAUCUGGGAUUUACGAACUGCCACUUGUCAGCGAGAAUACGAGAGUCGUGCAGCUGUCAACACUGUAGUCCUGCACCCAAAUCAGAAAGAACUAAUAUCUGGUGACCAGAAUGGAAACAUACGUGUCUGGGAUUUGGCUGCUAACUCAUGCAGCUGUGAGUUGGUACCAGAGGUGGAUACUGCUGUAAGAUCUCUGACAGUCAUGUGGGAUGGGAGUAUGGUGGUUGCUGCAAAUAACCGUGGGACAUGCUAUGUUUGGCGUUUGCUUAAGGGUACUCAGACAAUUACCUGCUUUGAACCUCUCCAUAAAUUGCAAGCCCAUGAUGGUUACAUUCUUAAGUGCCUGCUUUCACCAGAAUUUUGUGAUCCUAACAGGUAUCUUGCAACAGCAUCAUCUGACAACACUGUAAAGAUUUGGAAUGUUGAUGGCUUUAAGUUGGAAAAAACUUUAGUUGGUCAUCAGCGCUGGGUGUGGGAUUGUGUUUUCUCAGUAGACGGUGCUUAUUUGAUCACUGCUUCGUCUGAUGCCACCGCGAGAUUGUGGACAAUGUCGACUGGAGAGGCCAUCAGGGUGUACCAGGGACAUCACAAAGCGACCGUCUGUUGUGCUUUACAUGAUGGGGCUGAAUCGGCUCCCCCAUAAGCACCGUGUAACCUUGGAUUCUGUACAUAACUCUGAUUGCCUACUUUCCAGCAUUGUUGUGACUGAACAUGUGGCAACUGUAGUGAAACGGGACACAACCAUAUUUGGGGUUCGUGCAAAGUUAUUUGCAUGCUAGUAUUGGUCAACUUGUUUUAGGAAAUUGCUGGAUAUUUAAUUAUAAAAAAUGCAGAACUGGAGACCAAAGUACUCCCUCCAUAUCUUUUUA